AUGGCAGGGUUAAUGAAGAAGUAUGGCAUCAUCCAUAAAGUGGCCACGGCAUACCACCCACAAACAAAUGGCCAAGCCGAAGUCUCCAAUCGGGAAAUCAAGUGCAUAUUGGAAAAGAUUGUGAAGCCUCACAAGAAGGAUUGGAGUUCUAAACUCGGUGAUGCGCUUUGGGCAUACCAAACGGCUUACAAGACGCCAAUUGGUAUGAUCCCAUUCCGGUUGGUCUAUAAGAAGGCUUGCCAUCUUCUGGUGGAGAUAGAGCAUAAGGCCUAUUGGGCCGUCAAAAAUGCAACACCGGAUUUGGGGUUGGAGUCGAAAGGAAGUUACAGUUGGUGGAGCUUGAGUGCCUUAGAUUGGAAGCCUAUGAAAAUUCUAGGCUCUACAAGGAGAAAAUGA